AUGCUCUUUAUCGGCCGGGUGACCUACGCCGCGGACAAGGCCGGUAAAUUGAGCAAGAAGCAAUUCGGAUUCCGGCCACAGACUAGCACGACGGCUGCUGUCUACGCAGCCAUAGACUCGAUUAAACGAUCUCAGAUUGACAAACUACUCACAGUCAUAAAGGCCGCCUUCGAUAAUGCUUGGUGGCCUGCCCUUUUCCACAGACUCAGGCAUAUCGGCUGUCCACUAAACAUCUACGGACUCAUUCACAGCUACACACAAAACCGCACAGUCAUGCUUGACCAUUCCGGCUCCAGGGUGUCUAAGACCAUGUCCAAGGGCUGUAUCCAGGGUUCGACCUGUGGCCCUCACCUAUGGAAUAUUAUCCUCGAUGAGCUCCUGGAAAUCGAGCUGCCUCCGGGCUGUCGGCUCCAGGCUUUCGCGGAUGAUGUUUUGCUUGUUGCAUCAGCGAAAACUGCGUCUGAUUUGCAGGUUAACAUUAACUCUGCACUUCAUACAAUCACCGGCUGGGGCAAAGGAGUCAAGCUCUCUUUUAGCCCCGCCAAGACACAGGCUUUAGCGUUCAGCGCCAAAGCCAAACAAAUACUCAUCACCAUGGACUCGCACACAUUUCACUUCCAGAAGAGCAUCAAAUUUCUUGGUGUGAUUCUGGAUGAUAAACUUAACUUUCGCGAACACAUCAACCACAUCGUGAUCCAGCCUAUCAUUACAUACGCAGCCGGAGUGUGGGGACAUGUGGCCGAUAAGAAGUGCGUGAGGAAGAAACUCCUGUCUAUGCAGAGAGCCUUCGCCCUAAAGGCCAUUAGAGGAUUCAGGACAGUGUCCACCUCUGCUGCUCUCGCACUCGCCCUGUUCACCCCCCUGGAUCUUAAGGUCAAAGAGGCGAACCGGGUCGAAGCUACGCGCCUCACCGGCUCGUCCCCACUACUUCCGGCUCACAUCACACUGGAGUCUCCAACUCCUCCACAUCUUCUCCUUCAUCCAGCCCACAGACAUACAUACGACUCACACACGUUCUGGACCCAAAACGAGGUCCAGGAAUUUCAGUCAAGAGCUCACCCUAACACCACCCACACCUUCACCGAUGGGAACAAACUUGAGGAUGGUACGGUCGGGGCGGCCUUCGUCAGUUAUGAUCGAGGACGCAAUCCUGUCAGUAAGAAGUUCAAGCUCCACAACAGUUGUACUGUUUUCCAGGCUGAGCUUCUAGCCAUCCUCAAAGCUUGCGAAUGGGCCUCUUCCAACCAACAUACAAGCACGGUUAUUUAUUCAGAUAGCAGCGCUGCCAUUCUCGCCAUCCAGAACCGCAGCAACACACACCCCUUGGUUGCGAAAAUACACUCGACAGUACACCACACGUCCGGGUCCAUCGAAUUCGCGUGGGUCAAGGCCCACGUGGGUAUAGUGGGGAAUGAGGCUGCAGACACCGCUGCCAAGCGGGCGGCUAAGCUCCACAAAGCCCCGGACUACACACAAUUUCCUAUCGCCUUUAUAAAACACUAUACACGAUCACUCCACGCCUCAGUCUGGCAGUCUCGAUACGAGAGCGAGCCACAAGGACAACACACUAAACAACACCUCCCUACAAUUAAACACAUAAUUAAAUUACACUCACUUGCUCACAACACAUUCACACUUACCCAAACACUUACAGGACACGCCUACACAAAACAAUAUUUACACCGGGUUAAGGUCACGGAGGAUGCUGUCUGUCCGUGCGAUGGUACCACGGUGCAGUCAAUGGGACACGUGCUCGAGGACUGCCCGCGGUUCAUCGCCCCGAGAUCCGACCACCAGAUAAUCUGCAGCCACGCCGGGGUCUCUCCGUUCAACAUGGCCUCCCUUCUGCAGGACAAAGAAGCAACCAUAUCUUUUAUAAAAUUUUCCGAAUACAUUAUCAACCACCUCAAAGCUUUUAACAAUACCUAA